AUGCUCACCUCCCUCAAAUUUCCCCUCGCAUCUGCGGCUGUUGUGGACAUGGAUCUUCCAUUGUCCGAGCAUUUUCAGUAUUGCGAAUUCAGCGGCCAUUCUCGCGGUUUAAUUUGCCUCUCCAAUAUGCUCGGCAAUAUUUUCCUCUGUAAUCCAGCAACCGGAGAGCUUCGCAAGCUGCCCCCCUCCAUUCUCCUCACCGAACCCCCCGAGGACCCCUUCGAUCCAAGCUGUACACGCACGAACGGAGUUGGAUUCGGGUACGAUCCGAAAUCAAUGGAUUUUAAGGUCGUUAGGGUUGUGACAUUUGAAGAAGAAGAAUAUGAAUAUGAAUGUUACAGAACGGAAGUGUACGAUUUGGGGAAAGAUGGUUGGAGAGAAAUCGAAAGUCGUGCUUGUGGGUUUGUAGUCUCGGGUUGUUCGUUUGAUAUGUAUCACGAAGGAAUGUAUUACUGGAUCGCGUUAGAGGAGGACGAGGAAGAGCACCAGGAAUGUAUUACUCCUUACUUACGAUUAGAUGAAAGUAUAGCUUUCUUGGUUUUCACAAAACCAAACUCCUUCCAUUUCUAA